GCGGAGAUAAAUGUUAGUGUAAAAGUUUAGCGGCAAAUAAAUGGAGAAUUCCGCACCUGCGCCCGGCCGCCGCGAGCCUUCUAUAGAUCCAGUGAAGGCGCAGGGAAUCCUUUCAUCUUUAACGCGCAAGGAGAGACACGCGGCGCGACAGUGGAAGCAGAAAUGGUCGUUCUACACCCAGCUACGGGAAAUGCAGGAGGAAGAAGCGCUCAAAUUGGGUAUGUCAAUGGAGGAAUAUCGCGCGGGAGUCCGAUCGAUGAACUGUCAGGCGGAGCCGCGACAGUACCCUGUGCAGGUGGACCCGUCACCGGCCCCUUUGCCUCCAACGUCCUCAGGGAUGGUUGGCCGGCGAGCUAUGUGCCCGCUGGAGCGCUACGGGCGGCUGGUGCGCACGGCGCGCGACUACCCCACGCGGCCGCCGCUGUCGCCCGGACAGAUCUACGACCCGUACAAGCAGACCAUCAUAUUCCUGGGGAUCGACGUAGGGGACCCGAUAUCAUACAAGCUGCCCGCGGCGCGCUGCGAGGUGACGGACGAGAUGUGGGCGCGUCCGCAAACUGUCUCUGUGGAUCCGCUCGCCGACCGUUUAGCCAAACUGUAGGACCCCUGUAGGUCUGUCUUUUG